AUGCCGCACCUUACAGUGUGCAACAGGCAGCUCAGCUGGACUUUGAUACUGGUGCUGGGGUAUGUCUUUUACCUCCUUCUGGGGGCUACAGUGUUUCAGCUGCUGGAAAAGCAGGCAGAAAGCAAGACUCGGGACCAGUUCCAACUGGAGAAGCUCAAGUUUUUGCAAAACUACACAUGCUUGGAUCGGCAAGCCCUGGAGCAGUUUGUGCAGAUCAUUAUGGAAGCCUGGGAGAAAGGUGUCAAUCCUGAAGGAAACUCAACAAACCCCAGCAAUUGGGACUUUAGCAAUAGCUUCUUCUUUGCUGGGACAGUUGUCACCACCAUAGGUUAUGGAAACCUGGCCCCCAGCACAGUGUCUGGACAAGUAUUCUGUGUAUUUUAUGCCUUGUUUGGGGUGCCUCUUAAUCUGGCAUUUCUCAAUCAGAUGGGGAAAGGCCUUAGCGCUCACCUGAUCAAUCUUGAGAGAUGGUUCCACAAGCCAGGCCGAGCCCAGAUUAUCCAGGCUCUGGCGAUGGCAUUGUUUCUGCUGGUUGGGACUUUGCUUUUUCUGGUUUUCCCUCCAAUGAUCUUCAGUUAUGUGGAAGGCUGGAGUUAUGGGGAAGGUUUCUACUUCACCUUCAUCACCCUCAGCACCAUUGGAUUUGGAGACUAUGUAGUAGGCACAGAUCCCAAUAAACAUUAUAUCUCAGUGUAUAGAAGUCUGGCGGCAAUUUGGAUUAUUUUUGGUCUAGCUUGGCUUGCUCUGAUCUUCAACCUGGGUGCAAACAUUAUGGAGAAAUUUCUACAGCUGAACUGGCAUAAACCUGGCCCAAGCUCCAUGGAAGCAGCCAUCGCCAAAUCAGAGGAUAUCCCUGAUCCACAUAGGAUCCAUAUCCCUAGCUGA